CUCAGGGUGUGGACAUGUCUGCUGCCAGCUGUCUGCUUUCUGAAGAUCAGGUCUUGUGCUCCAUCUGUCUGGAUGUUUUCACCAAUCCAGUUAGCACACCAUGUGGACAUAACUUCUGUAAAAAGUGCAUCUCUGAGUGCUGGGAAACCCGUGGUACUUGUCAAUGCCCCAUCUGCAAAACAGUUUUUGACACAAGACCUGAGCUGAAGGUCAAUAUUUUCAUCUCUGAGAUGGUUGAUCAGUUCAAACAGAAAUUCAGCAGCAGCUCAGAGCAACGAUCUGCUGAACCAGAAGAAGUUCUAUGUGACGUCUGUCCUGAACCUAAACUGAAGGCCCUGAAGUCCUGCCUGGUGUGUAUGAUGUCCUUCUGUGAGACUCACCUGAACCCUCAUUUGAGAAUGUCAGGCCUGAAAAGACAUCAGCUGAUCAACCCUGUGGAGAACCUGGAAGGCAGAAUGUGUGAAAAACACGACAAACUGCUGGAGCUGUUCUGCAAGAACGACCAGAUGUGUGUCUGCAUGCUCUGCACCUUUGAAGACCACAAAUCACAUGAUUUUGUUCCUCUGAAAGACAAAUAUGAAGAAAAGAAGCUUGAGCUUUCGAAGACAAAGGCUGGAAUUCAGGAGAUCAAACAGUCAGUUGAGCUCAGCCAGAAAAAUGCAGACAAAGAGAAAUCAGUUGGUGUUCAGAUCUUCACUGCUCUGAUGACCAUCGAGGAGAAGCAGAAGAUGACAGAGGGCCAGGCUGAAGGCUUCAUCACAGAGCUGGAAUGUGAAAUCUCUGAGCUGCAGAAGAGGAGCUCUGAGGUGGAGCACCUCUCACAGUCUGAAGACCACCUCCACCUCCUCCAUGGCUUCCAGUCCCUGAGCCCUGCUCCACCCACCAAGGACUGGACUGAGGUCAGAGUCCAUCCACCGUCAUAUGAGGGGAGUGUGGUGAGAGCUGUGAGUCAGCUGAAGGAGACACUCGGAAAAGACAUGAAAGAAGUGUGUGACACCAAGCUGAAGAGGGUCCAGCAGUAUGCAGUGGAUGUGACUCUGGAUCCUGAUACAGCAAAUCCUUACCUCAUCCUGUCUGAUGAUGGAAAACAAGUAAAAGAUAGUGAUGUACAGAAGAAUCUCCCAGACAACCCAGAGAGAUAUUCAACUUCUGUUUGUGUUUUAGCAAAGCAGAGUUUCUCUGCAGGAAGAUUUUAUUUCGAGGUUCAGGUUAAAGAGAAGACUAAGUGGACUUUAGGAGUGGCCAGAGAGUCCGUCAACAGGAAAGGACAAAUCACAUUAAGUCCCCAGGAUGGUUAUUGGACAAUAAGGUUGAGAAAUGAAAAGGAAUAUGCGGCUCUUUCUAACCCUCCAGUCCGUCUCUCUGUGAGGUCUCAGCCUGAGAAGGUCGGGGUGUUUGUGGAUUAUGAGGAGGGUCUGAUCUCCUUUUAUGAUGUUGAUGCUGCAGAUCGUCUUUACUCCUUUACUGGCUGCUCCUUCACUCAGAAAAUCUACCCAUAUUUUAAUCCUUGUCCAAAUGAUGGUGUUAAAAACUCCGCCCCUCUGAUCAUCUGUCCUGUCAAUCACACUGAAUAAAAUAAACAUCUGACUUUGUGUUAAGAAU